CUUUUAACUUCUUCUCCACCAUUCAGCGUUCUCUCUCUCUCUUGUUCAAUUAUCAGAUAAUCUUGUAGAAAUCAGAGCAGAUUCAUCGCGGCGCGUCUUUUGAAAUAUUCGACUCUAUAAAACCUGCCCAUCAACCGCGCCGCCUUGCAUUCCCUAGUCUUCACUCUUCCUGUGUUUCCUGUCAAUUUCCUUCGCAAUCUCUUUGAAGCUGAAUGCAGCAAAAAACCCCUAAAUUAUAGGCACCAUGAAUGCUUCAAUUAUAGAUCCACUGCAGGGAGAUUUUCCAGAGGUGAUAGAGGAGUAUCUGGAAUAUGGGACUAUGAAAUGUAUCGCCUUUAACCGCAGAGGAACGCUUCUUGCUGCUGGUUGCACAGAUGGAAGUUGCAUUAUCUGGGAUUUUGAGACAAGAGGAGUUGCUAAAGAACUUCGCGAUAAGGAUUGUGUUUCCGCCAUUACGAGUGUCUGUUGGUCAAAGUAUGGUCAUCUCUUGUUAGUCUCUUCAACUGACAAGUCACUAAAUCUUUGGGAUGUGGUCAAAGGAGAAAGAAUAAAACGAGUAGUUCUUGAACAGACUGCAUUACUAGCUCGUCUUCAUCCCGGUUCCUCUACUCCAACUGUUUGUUUGGCUUGUCCAUUUUCAUCUGCUCCCAUGAUUGUUGACUUGAAUACAGGGACCACAACUGUUCUACCCGUGUCUUGGACCGAGACAGCCGUUGUUUCUGCCCCUACUAUUACUACUCCUACUACCACUGCACGUAACAAAUUUUCUGAUGGAUCUGCCCCUUACACUCCAACCGCCGCUUGCUUCAGCAAGAACGGUGAUUUGGUCUAUGUGGGAAAUUCGAAAGGAGAGAUACUUAUAAUUGAUUACUCCAAUGUUGAAAUCUGCGCUGUCGUACCUAUUUCUGGAGGCUCUGUUAUAAAAAACAUUGUAUUCAGCAGAAACGGGAAAUAUCUUCUCACAAAUUCUAAUGACAGAAUGAUCAGGAUAUAUGAGAAUCUUCUUCCACUGAAGGAAGGACGAAAAGCACUUGAUGAAUUGAAAGAAGAUGAUUUGAAAGCUGUUGGAGCAAAAAGCCUUUCGCUUUUCAGAGAGUUGCAAGAUUCGAUAACUAGAAUCCAUUGGAAGGCUCCGUGUUUCAGUGGAGAUGGUGAAUGGGUGAUUGGCGGUUCUGCUAACAAGGGAGAACAUAAGAUAUAUAUUUGGGAUAGGGCUGGGCAUCUUGUGAAAAUACUGGAAGGUCCUAAAGAAGCUCUGAUUGAUCUGGCGUGGCAUCCUGUUCAUCCUAUUGUUGUCUCGGUUUCGUUUAACGGGUUGGUUUAUAUCUGGGCCAAGGAUUAUACUGAGAAUUGGAGUGCUUUUGCUCCAGAUUUUAAGGAACUUGAGGAAAACGAGGAGUAUGUGGAACGAGAAGAUGAAUUUGAUCUAAUACCCGACACAGAAAAGGUGAAAGAAGUUUAUGUGGAUGAGGAUGAAGAAGUAGACAUUAUUACAGUGGAGAAAGAUUCCACUUUUAGUGAUUCCGAUGUUGAAGAUGAAAUACGAUUCUUGCCUGUCAGUCCUAUCCCUGACCUUCCUGAGCAACCAGAUAAAUGUGUUGAUAGCUCGUCAAAGGCGGUUGAGAGCCACCAUUCAGCAUCCCCUCUUUCAGAAGAGGCGGUCCAGAAUGGCCGAGCUUCACACAAUCCAGAAUGGCCGAUACAUGAAGAUGUAGAAAACUCUACUGUGGAAGAUGCAAACGGACUACUGUCGAAAAGAAAAAGGAAACCCUCGGAGAAGGUCCUGGAGUUGCAAGCGGAGAAGGUGAAGAAGCCGCCAUCGAGAUUAAAACCAUCUACGAAGUCAUCGAAAGCUAAACCGAGAUUUCUUGUGGAGCAAGAAACUAGUAAUUCCGACGCUAAUAGUGAGUCUCGUUAGAUUUUUCACAUUAUAUGUGCAACUCUAACUUAUAUAAACAAUCUGUUAGAUUCUUUUAUUUCUUUGACUAAUCUGAUACAAGUCCAUUUGCUUAAUUUAAACAGUGACAGCCAUUUUACA